AUAUUUUCGGUCUUUUUACUUUUUUAACGACAGCUGCGGUUCUUAAUUCAACCCUUUUUUUCUCAUUUCAUUAUACAAUGUAGUUGAACUUUGUCGACUUGUGCCAGCAGGUAAAGCUCGAAGCAUUUCAUUUAUUUUUUUUUCAUCGCAAUGGAAUACAGUCUUCUUCUUUUAGUCUUGAAUGGUCGACUUAGAAUGAAGGCCGGUGUUAUUCCUCACGUGCAUGUCGGGCAAGGAAUCAAUCCCUACGACAGACGUCUCCAAUGGCUGAAUAGGCGUGUACAGGAAUCGAAAACUUUGAGGAGUCUUUAGCCCACUUGGAGCAGAACGAAUGGGACCUGCAGAGAGCGGUUGUCUCUGUCAUGGGAGCCCAGGACAAUGUUUCAGUCCCAGACUCUGCCCCUGAAGAGGCACCGGCAGCGCCUAGCAUGCCCAGCGUCGUGCAGUUCAGCGGAGUUUCACCCUGUGCAUCCGUCCCCAGAGCAUUUGAUCCUCGCCGGCCCCGUAGCCCACCCCCAAACAGGGUCCGCCUGUUAGAGUUCACUGUGUCCUACAACGACUUGAAUACAGAGUUGGUUGUUGAAGAUAACAGAACAGUCCGCACUGUUAAGGAGUUGCUGUCUGCUCAGCUGAAUCUCUCACCAGAGAAGAUGCUGAUUGGAGGAUGGGCACACGCAAAACAAGCACCGGAGGACUCGGACGUGUUGUCUUCGCUGCAAUUACCCCUCAAGAACAGUCUCUACGUACUCACACCAAGCCUACCAACGACGAGUUCAGAACAGCCCAAUGGAGAAGAGACGAGUUUCUCGGACAAGCUGACACGGAGCUUCGAGCUCAUCAUAAAUGACACCGACGUCAACCAAGAGUACCGACUAAAAUACCAGGGCUGCAAGACGAUCCUUAGCGUCAAGCAAGGUAUGAGUGCGCUAACCAGCGUCGAGGUCCGGCACCAACAGUGGCACGGCUGGCCUGACGACAGCGACAAUUCACUUACAUUAGCAGCCUCAGGAAUAGACUUCCCUAAUCACAAGCUGACAUUCUCUAGGCUACCGAACCACAGUAAAACAGAUCAGUCCUCGAAGUCAGGUGAUCCUAUCAAUAUCAGUGACAGUGAAGAUGAGACGCAAGACAUGGACAUAGAUGACUGCACGAUCUUCACAAACGAGUAUGAGACGAGAAAGUUUGAGCCCUUAUUACCAGCCGAUAUCGAGAAUGAAACAGACGGCCUCAUUCAGUUCACUCAUGAGUUCAGCUCCCGAUAUGGGGAGACUCACCCUCAGUUUUACAUGGGUCCAUUGGAAGACGCUGUCAAGGAGGCGUUUGGUGGCUUAGCAGUUGAGAGGAAGCUUCUAGCUAUCUAUAUUCACACUGACAAGAGUGUUCAGAGCAACGUUUUCUGCAGCCAGUUGCUGUGUGCCGAGAGCAUCGUCAAUUUCCUCACCCAGAACUUUGUCACGUGGGCAUGGGACAUCACGGCGGAUGAGAACAAAGACAGGCUUUUAAGCACAUGUACAAAGAUGUUUGGCAGUGUGACCGCAGCGACCGUCCGGGGUCUCAACCAAGAUAAAUUCCCCUUGUUACUGAUUGUCAUGAGGAUACGGUCCAACACGGAGGUUUUGUCGAUACUACAAGGUAAUACAGGCCUAGACGAGAUGAUGACGAGUUUGAUCCAUGCAGUAGACGUGUUCACAGAACAGAGGCAGUCGGAAAUUGAACAAGAGAAUGACCGGAGGGCGGCAGAGCAGCUGAAGCAAGAGCAGGACGCAGCGUACCAUGCAUCACUAAUGGCCGACAGAGCAAAGGAGCAAGAGAGGUUAAAACAGGAGCGGGAGGAGCAGAGGCUACGGGAACUAGAGGAGCAAGAAAUCAGGGAGAGAGAAGCCGAACAGAAGGCGUUGUUAGAGUCGCUGGAGCAGCAAUUACCCGACGAGCCAGCUGAGAACUGCCCCAAGCCCACCACCACGCUACGCAUGCGCAUGCCUGGCGGCGACGUCCUGACGAGACGGUUCCUGGCCGAGCAGCCUAUCCGGACAGUCAUGGUCUACCUCGGCACCAAGGGGUACCACUCUGAGGACUUCAAAGUCCUCACAACCUUUCCAAAGAAAGAUUUGACAUCUCAAGACACUUCGCAGUCCUUCAAGGAGCUCGGUCUUUGCCCGCAAGAGACCCUUUUCAUUGAGGAACGCUAGUGCCAACUGCUGACCUCCCCCCCCCCGUGCAUGCGCUCGCUGAAAAAAAUUAACAGCUCUCAGCCCAAUCAAGCGACCAAACAACCUGAACAGUGUAGCUAAGUGAAAGCAUGGCACAAAUCCUGUAUCUGUGGUUCAUUCCCACCAUUCGGAGUCAGGGCACUGGACAUGCAAAUAAUCUGUGAUCUCAGCCACACAUUUUGUUCCUAGACGAACUUUAGGCUCAAGUCACGAAUGUCAUCCAGAGUUUUACAGGACUUGCUAAUUGUUAUUUCUGAACCAAAUGACUUUUAUUUAUACGCAGUGCAAAGCUUUGUGUUACGUUAGCUCGUGUUUGAGUGCCAUUUCGCUUGUCCUGAGACUGUCUUAUUUUGGCCUGGCCUACAGUCCCCGUAAGUUGUAGUAUCCUUCAUUCGCAUAUGAAAAAUGGUCGUGUGACCCACUUAUGACCACAGCCUUUAGAACUGAAACAUCAGUCACCUUACUUGAGCUAUCAGAAAUCACUAGCAGAAAACAAAAUAAUGGCCCAGAAAAUGCACAGCAUUUGCAAGUGCCUCAGAGCGUGCUAGGGUAUCCGAUAUAGAGAAAAUUACAUGCAGUCGUCUUGGUACACUGGAGAAAUUGCACAAAAGUCUUGGGCAGCGGGUAGCAUUGUGUACCCACAAAGUAAGGCUUGUUGCAUUAAGUCUCAAAAUGAUGGCAAAAAGGCUUUUGUGCAACGUGAAUGCACUUUUUAGAUAAUACUUAUUAGGGGCACAAAAUUUGGAGGAAAUGGUCGUUGGUAUCAAAAUGUUUGAAAGGAAGACAUUUCUUUCAAGAGCUCAAUGUAGAGAUUAGCAUGGAUUGAUAAGAGACCGCAUUGCAGAUUGUUCACAACAUUGUGCGUUUUGGUUACAUGGUUCUGACUUCCCAUGUCCAGAAACGCGCACAAACUGAGUGUUGAUUACUUGAAAUAUCAGUGCAUACAACUUCAUUAAAUAACGUUACAAGAGAAGAGUGGCGACUAUAGUUUGGCCUGGUGGCAUGUACAAAUUUAAUGCCAGGCAAAAAA